CAGUCCCUACCUAUAAUGACGUCAUCAAUUGUUUGCUGGUCCGGAAGCAGGUGAUUCUUGGGGCUGGUGCUCGUCGAAUUCCGAAGUCUGUUGGGGGGUUCUAUGGAAGAGAUGUCAGGAGAGAGCGUGGUGAGCUCGGCAGUGCCGGCGGCUACAACCCGGACCACCUCCUUCAAGGGCUCCAGUCCCAGCUCCAAGUAUGUGAAGCUAAACGUAGGCGGGGCGCUCUACUACACCACCAUGCAGACCCUCACCAAGCAGGACACCAUGCUCAAGGCCAUGUUCAGCGGCAGGAUGGAAGUCCUCACAGACAGUGAAGGCUGGAUCCUGAUUGACCGGUGUGGGAAACACUUUGGGACGAUUCUGAACUACCUUAGAGACGGGGCUGUGCCGCUCCCAGAGAGUCGUCGGGAGACUGAGGAGCUGAUGGCUGAGGCCAAAUACUAUCUGGUCCAGGGCCUGGCUGAUGAGUGUCAGGCUGCCCUGCAGAACAAAGAGUCAUACGAGCCGUUCUGUAAAGUUCCUCUGGUGACAUCAUUGAAGGAAGAACAGAGACUCAUCGCCACCUCUAAUAAGCCCACUGUCAAACUCUUAUACAACAGAAGCAACAACAAAUACUCCUACACCAGUAACUCUGACGACAACAUGCUGAAGAACAUUGAGCUGUUUGACAAGCUGUCGCUGCGCUUCAACAACCGUGUGCUCUUCAUCAAGGAUGUGAUCGGCGACGAGAUCUGCUGCUGGUCCUUCUACGGUCAGGGACGCAAGAUCGCUGAGGUGUGCUGCACCUCCAUCGUCUACGCCACAGAGAAGAAGCAGACCAAGGUGGAAUUCCCUGAGGCACGAAUCUACGAGGAGACCCUCAACAUCCUGCUGUAUGAGUCCCAGGAUGGGAGGGGUCCUGACAACGCUCUGCUGGAGGCUACAGGGGGUGCCGCUGGCCGCUCGCACCACCUGGACGAGGACGAGGAGCGCAUUGACAGGGUCCGCAGGAUCCACGUCAAGCGGCCCGACGAUCGCACACACCACCACCAGUAACCCCUGACUGACCACCCCCCUUGACCAUCCAAAGCCCAGCCCAUCCCUGGAUGUCUGAUCCUGGACUCUCAGUGGACCAUGUGUGUGCCUUACUUCCAGCGCCUCGCUCGCUCUCCUUCUCUCACCAGUCCCCCACAGCGGGAGCCCACUGCUGAGGAGAGACGAGUGGAGACUUUGUGUGUAGUGGUGAAGUUGUUUCAUGUAGUACUCUGAGGAAGAAUGUCUGAGUCAUCCAACAUUUUGGGGUGUUUAGUGUCUCAGAGGCUGGUGGAGGCCGAGUUAGGAGGUGAUUGGAUUUUCUACUAUGUGUGAAUGUGAAUUGGAUUAUGAAUGGGACGUCAAUUGUGUGGAAUGGAAUUGUCAGUGGUUAUACUGGAGGGAAUUAAAAUGUCAGCAUCAUGCA